AUGCCUAUUGUCGCCCCAUUGAUUGGGGGGAUCUUCACCUUGGUGGGCCUUGGUGGUGAAGUCUUAGAUACUGGUGCUGCGUGGCCUCCACCGCGCCAUAUACCCAGAUACGUCAACCCGCGUGCCACUUUCGACACGGAAAAUAUCCCACGCGUCAAGAUUCGGCGUCCUGAAGUCGGCCCGUGCAAUGUGCCCAAGUAUAAUUUUGAAAUAUGUCGCGAUCAGAUCAACAAGCAGCCGGAGAAGAUCGUCAGUUCGAACCCUUCGGAGGGCGUGGUCCGCUUUGAGAAAGUCCCACCAGGUUGUAUGAAUCUUGCCACAGUCUUGACAAGCUCCUGUGGCGAUGCAGUUUAUCCUUUUCCGUGCGGAUCGGAUUGUUUGCAGUACACAGGACUGACAGACAACCAAAUGCAACAAAUUUUUGAGGCCCUUAGCAAGGCAUAA